UCUCCCCCAUCGAGACCGUUGGGUUCCCCCCCCCACCCCCCCGACAGCCUGGAGAUGUAUUCUUCGCCUCUCUGCCUCGCCCAGGAUGAAUUCCAUCCCUUCAUCGAGGCUCUCCUUCCUCACGUCCGGGCCUUCGCCUACACCUGGUUCAACCUCCAGGCCCGGAAGCGCAAGUACUUCAAGAAGCACGAGAAGCGGAUGACCAAGGACGAGGAGCGGGCCGUGAAGGACGAGCUGCUGAACGAGAAGCCCGAGGUGAAGCAGAAGUGGGCCUCUCGCUUGCUGGCCAAGCUGCGGAAGGACAUCCGGCCCGAAUUCCGCGAAGACUUCGUCCUCUCGAUCACGGGCAAGAAGCCCUCGUGUUGCGUCCUCUCCAACCCCGACCAGAAGGGGAAGAUGCGCCGGAUCGACUGCCUGCGCCAGGCCGACAAAGUGUGGCGCCUGGACCUCGUCAUGGUCAUUCUUUUCAAGGGUAUCCCCUUGGAGAGCACCGAUGGGGAGCGCCUCGUCAAGGCCGCGCAGUGCACCAACCCCAUCCUCUGUGUCCAGCCCCACCACAUCAGCGUCUCCGUCAAAGAGCUCGAUCUAUACCUGGCGUAUUUUGUUCGCGAGAGAGGUAGGCUGCCCUCUUGCUGUAUGGACAUACUCAACUAG